AUGAGCUUUUCAGACAUCCCCACAGGAAGAUCACCAAGACGAGAACUCCAAGGUCCUCGUCCCACCCCUUUAAGUAUAAACAAGGACUCACGCAAGAUCAAGAAGCCACCGUUGGCGCCGCCGCCGCCUCAACCCUCACAACCACAUGCUCCGCCGCGCCAACCGAUCAUCAUCUACACCGUAUCUCCAAAGAUAAUCCACACCACACCCGGUGACUUCAUGAGCCUUGUUCAACGCCUCACAGGCUCUUCAUCUUCCUCUUCUUCCUCUUCCUCUAAUUCCCAUAAGGUAUCAACAAACGAUCCUUUAAUCAGUGACAACAAUGGUCACGGUGCAAUAUCACCUGCGGCACGUUACGCCACAAUAGAAAAGGCUAGAACUCCUCAAGGGAUGAAACAACAUCAAAGUGGGAUUAAUAAUAAUGGUGUCGAUGUUGGAGGAGGGGCAGAACCAAGCAUGUUUCAUGGGAUUUUGUCGCCGGCACCGGCUUCGAUGUCUCCCAUUCCGGCGAGCUUCUUCUCGCCACCGCCGUCGGAUCCGAGCAUGGUUAACUUCCUUCAUAACUUGAGCCCUGUCCUUCACAGUAACAUAAAUUUUAUGGAAGGUGGUUUCAUCAUGGCUAGCCCUUCAAACUUUUUUUCAGCUCAAACUCCAAAGAUAGAUUUGUUCAACAAUUUCUUAGAUUGAUGAAUUUGUUGCUUUUGUUGUUCAAUUUAGACGAUUAAUUGUUACCACAGAUACAGAGAAAUAAACCUAAUUUAAUUACCUUAUAG